AUGAAGGAGUCUUUCGCUGCCCUUCUGCGCACCGCGGCUGGCAAGCUCGCCCUCUCACUGCUGGUGGCCUCGCAAACAACUGCAUACACGUUCAAGCAGGUUCCAAGCCCUAAUCUCAACCUAGACGACCUAGGCAGGAUAGCUUUCACUGGAGACUUCGACUCAAUAUCAUUAUACCAGUAUGAAGGUCAAAGCCAACAGUACCCCGGCCGCAACGGCGCACUGCUUUCCCGCUAUCCCAAUGGCGUCUUUGCGACAAUCAACGUCACCGAUGCCGACAUCAAGGCCAUGUGUUCUCUGCAAGUCAAUGGCGCCGAACGAGUAGUGUUUGCAGGAAACUUUACUGGAGUUGGCGACAUGCCCACGCCCGGAGGUAUUGCGCUGCUUGACCCCGCCAAUGGUAAUGUCCAGGCCGUCGAAGGCCUCACUGGCUCCAUCAAUGCCCUCUACUGUGAUAGAGACGGUGGUCAGGUCUAUGUUGGAGGAAGCCUCUCGGGCGCCAAUUCGACCAACGCGCUCCUGUGGAAGGACGGCUGGAAAUCACUGUCAUUCAAUGGCUUUAAUGGUCCUGUGCACUCCAUCACCCGAGCUUCUAAUAACAACAUAAUAUUCGGUGGAGAGUUCAAUGGCUUGGGCGGAAACGCGUCGACUGCGGCUAGCGAGAACAACACCCAGACCAUUCCCAUUUCCAACGCGGAUAUCACAGCUCAGACCAGUUCCGGUCUCGAUGGCUUAUCAGAUCCCAAGAGCAUUGCCUGCAAGCCCGACUUCACAACCCAGGGCCCCGGCUCUACCUGGCUGUUGGCAGAUCGCUCACCUGGAUUUUGGAGAGCCAACUUUGGCUUCGGUUUCGAGCCAACCAGCUUGAGGAUUUUCAACACGAAUUUCCAGGGCCGUGGCAGCAAGACCUUCCGCUUCACAGCACUUCCAGACGGUGGCAUCUUGAACUUGACUUAUACCGACCCAACCAGUGGACGAAAGGCCUUUUGUGAUGCCAAAUGCCCCCUGCCAGAGGGCAACACUACCGCCCAGGACUUUACCUUUGUCAACGUCGUCGGAAUGAACGCUUUCAGGCUCGACAUCUCAGACUGGUGGGGCGCCGGUGCUGGUCUUAACGGCAUCCAGCUUUUCCAGGAUGCUAUGUACUCGUAUGCAGUUAAUGACUUCAAUGAACCUCAAAACUGCGGCCCUACGGCGUCAAGGUCGACAUCGACUACGACUGGCUCAUGGGAAGUUACACCAUCACAACAGAGCUUCUCUGAGUACCUCACGACUGUCCUGCAGGGUAGCCCUAUCGACACCACUUCGACAAGUGUAUCAUUCCUCCCUGAUGUCAGACAGUCUGGUAAUUACUCGGUCACCAUCUAUACGCCUGGAUGUCAGGGCGAUGGCACAUGUGGUACCCGCGGUCGAGUAAAUGUAACAGCAGUCAUGAACGGUGAAAGCCAGAGCCACGAGCUCUGGCAAACAAACAACUUCGACAAGUACGAUGAAGUCUACAACGGCUUCAUCGAUGCCACCAAGGCCUUCCGCCCGCAAGUCAUCCUUCAACCAUCAGCCGGACAGGGACCUGGCCCCUUGACUGUUGUCGCACAGAGGGUGCGCUUCACUCUUCUGAAAGCUACCUCUGGCAACCUGAAUGGCCUUUUCGAAUUCCAGCCCGGAAAAACAGUGGACGCAGACAACCUUUCUGAUUCAGUCAUCAACGCUGCUGGUGCCAGCCUUAGGCCUCGGGAGAAGGCUCUCGUCACUAGCAUCGCUAGUGGUGACCAAACCCUGUACGUUGGCGGAUCUUUCAACAGCACUGAUGAUCGCAACAACAUCUUCUCCAUCCGACAGGGCGCCAGGGGGCCUACUGCCCUUCCUGGCAAAGGACUGAACAACCAGGUCAUGACCCUGUUCCACAACGACAGCACGCUAUAUGUUGGUGGUAACUUCACCAAUACAGCAGAUAACAGCGUCUCCGGUCUUGGUGGAGUUGCUGCCUUCUCUAACAACGAAUGGCGGCCUCUUGGAGCUGGUGUUGAUGGUGUCGUUCUCUACCUGGUACCGUUCACGCUCAACAUCACGGAAAACACCCCUGAAGAUGUUCUCGCUGUCAGCGGCUUCUUUAGCCGUGUGAACGCGUUUGGCAACAACCCCAGCACGAGUGUCAAUGACUUCGCAGUCUGGGUCCCUUCUCGUGCUAACUGGCUGCAUAACCUCGAGUUUCACUCUCUCGCCAUGUCGGGUCGACUGAUGACAUUCACCAACGUUCCAGGAAGCGAUCCUUGGUACGGUGGAUCAGUAUCUUCUGGUGCUCUUCUUGCAAGUGGUACUGCUGAGCUAGAGGAUGGAAAUGGCUUGUCACUCCAUGCAUUCCCUGUCAAGAUCGAGGCACAACAGCAACAAACCUCUACUCGCAAGAGAGCCAUCAUUGACGGAGAGAACUUGAACACCACUGGAGUCCGCACUGGUACCUUUUACAAGGAGAACGGUCUCAACAAGACUAUCCUUGCUGGUCAUUUCGCCACCACGGGUGCAGACAAGCGGAACAUCACCAACGUCAUCAUUAUUGAUGGCAAUGACUCUAACAAGAUUACUGGCUUUGACGACGAGCUGGAUGCUAAUUCUACUUUUGCGGCCGUUGCUGUGUUGAACAACAUCUUGUACGCCGGUGGUAUGAUCAGCGGCCGACUCAGGAAUGAUCGUAUUGCUGGUAUCGUCGCCUAUGACCUCACCAAAGACGCUUUCACUAGCGUUCAGCCGCCGCCGCUUCAGGGUGUGAACGUCACGGUGAACGCUAUCGCGCCACGACCAAAGUCCAAGGACGUUUACGUGGCUGGUCAAUUCCAGUCUGCCGGAGCCUUGAGCUGUGCUGCCAUGUGCAUAUGGAACACCGAUCGUAACCAGUGGACUGCCCCCGGCAACGGCUUGAUCGGCAAGGUUACUUCUCUGACCUGGGUUGGCGAUACCAAGUUACUCAUCGUCGGCAACCUCACCUCAGGUAACAAUCAGACCAGGAUCAUGACAUUCGACUCGACCAGCAACCAGUUCACAGAGAUCCCCGGUGCCAGUGGUCUUCCUGGGCCAGUCACUGCCCUCACUAUUGCGAACAGGGAAGGAGACCAGUUCUGGGCUGCCGGUCAGGGCAGUGAUGGCAAGACUUUCCUGCAACGAUUUGAUGGUAGCAAGUGGGUAUCUGCCGACGAAUCUAUCUUCGGCCGCCAGACCGACAUCCGCGGUAUCCAAGUGCUCACCUUGUCUGAGGACCACGCGGAUUCCAACAUCAUCGACGCCAACCAAGAUCUCCUGCUCAUGGGUCAGAUUAACAUCACUACAUUUGGUACGGCUUCUGCUGCACUUUUCGACGGCACUUCCCUGAUGCCAUUCCUGCUGGCCACCAAGGGCCAGGAUGGUGAAACAGAGCCAGGGAGCUUGUCUUCCAUUUUCGUGGAGAACCCUAAUUCAUUCUUCAGACAGGCGAACAAGCACCUCGCGCUCUGGGCCAUUGUCCUCAUUGGUCUCGCUAUUGCUCUCCUACUCACAUUCCUGCUUGUGGUCAUUGGCAUAGUCGUCGAAUGGUUCCGCAAAAGGUCGCAAGGCUAUUCCCCUGCCCCGACAUCGUACAACAGCGACCGGCUAGGCAACGUAGGACGCGUGCCACCGGAGCAACUAUUCGGGACCCUGUCACGCCCCAGAGCUCCGGCAAUAUAGGCGAGGACAUUCAGCUUGAUCAGAUUACCGCGGGUCCUUCAUCUUCGCAGACUGGCGCACAACCUGCACCCAGGCCCCAAAAUACAGAAAGGCCACUGAGUAGUUCGGCCUACUACUCAUUCGACUUCUAAUACCACAAUUCGCGAUUCUAAUGGGAACUUAAAGCGAAGAGUCUACGACGAGAAACUUCCACACUGGCGACACAACGGUCGACUCACGCACUUGAG